AGCGUUUCGAAACAGUUUUUUAGCAUGGAGAGUUUUAACCACAACUGCUUUACUUGUUUAAAUCCAUCACGCUAAUAUGACAAGUGACUUGCCUGCUAGGUUUUGUUUUCUGAUACAUUAUGAGAUUGCGAUCGUCCAUUCGCAGAGCGAGUAAGACUUUUAAAUGUUUGCAGAAAGGUAAUGACGUCAAAUCGAAACCUUAUGUUACCAGUGGUAAUGUUUCUGGAAAGAUCAAAUAUAACAUCGCUGAAGCUAGUCCAAUUAUUCCUAAAACUCCUCGAUUGAUCUGUAAAAAUGUGUCAGGAAGUAGACGGGUUAAUAAAGGAAAGCAAACUCCAAUUAUUCCAGAAGACCCUUAUCUUUUUAUAGACAACGAUAGUGAUGAUAAUAAAGAAAAUAUUAUUCCCAACAGUUCAAAAAAUGAAACCAAAAAGCACAUUAAAAAAACGCACCCAAAUGUUAGGGUAAAGAUGGCCAACCCCAAACAAUCAAAGUCAAAGCAGUGGCCUGCAUCAACAGCAUUCACAAAGCAAUAUAUCCCUUCAGGAAAAUCUAAUGACGCUAGAUAUGAAGGCGCUCUACAUGCAAACACACCUGGAUCAAUCGUGACAGCUGUUCCACUUGUAUCAAAGACAGUAAAUCCUAUGUCUGCCUCAACGUUUCCUGAAUCCAACCGGCUAAUUAGUCCAGGAAGUUUGAAAAUCUCUUGUUCAGUCACAAAAAAGGCUCCUACUUAUGCUGAAAGCGAAACAGUUCCUUCCAAUUUUCAUGAAAAAGUCUGUGAUUCCUGUCAGGUCACUAGUAGCGUCUCAAACACUCCUGAAUUUAGGAAAUGUAUUUCUAUACAUAAUUUAGAAGAAUCUAUUCCAAGAUAUUCCGAAACAAAACUGACUUCUUUAAAUCCGCAAAUUGCCUCAACUCCAGCAAUCUCUAAUGCUAACACUGAGUUACAGACCAUGGGAUGUCAUCCACUUAUCGCAACUCCGAUAAAUUAUACCUCAAUUAAAAGAAACGAAAAUAGUCACGAUGAUUCCAGUCAAAUUUUGGAAAGCCAUUUACCAAAUAACUCAUCUUCCUCUUCUAAUCGACACUGUGGUACGACAAAUAACGAAAGCUCCUCUCAAGGUUAGGUUGUAGUUACUACUUUUUACUACACUUUUGAAUGCCUUGGAAUCUAUAUAUGAUUAGGCCACUUUGGUUUAUACUUUUAAAUUGUUAAGUCUAAGUUGUGCAAUAUUUUCGGUUCGGUCUCUACGCAAGUUUUUAUUUAGUCACUUUUAACUCAAAUUGAUUUACUUAAGUGUUUUGUUAUAGUUUUCAAACUGCCAAUGCUAAAUGCAAGUGCUUAUUAAUUUAUGUUUACCGAUCAAUCGCCGAAUCACAGUCGGUGGAAUUUGUUUAACGCCGUCAUGCUUCUCGGUAUUUUUUAAUACAUUGGAAAAUUGUGGGAUCGAUAAAAUCGGUAUUCAACAUUGCAAAUAAGUUAUGUAGUGGAUCAUUUAAGCUCUUUUGUUAUUAUAUUAUGAAGUCACUUGGUGCUCUAAAUGAGUGUUCUAGGUAUUGCACAAACCACAUAAUACGAAGUUAACUUCUAGCUAAUUUAUUAAUUUUUCAAUUCCAGAUUUGAGCAAAGAAUCUACUUCUAGCAGCAAUCGGAGACGUAAACAAGCGUCUGAAAGUGAAAGACAGAAAGCGUAUGAUUCAUGGCUAGCUGAAUUUAACAAUGAACUACAGAAGUAUGAAUCAUUUGAAUUAAGUGUAGAAAAUCAGGCCCUGUCAACAGAUGAUCAUUAAAUUUUCAAGCCACACAUCCAUAAAAUUCAGUAUCCUUUAUUUUAUAUUUAUUAUUUAUACCAUUUAAGAUCUUAAUAUUUCAUACUUAUUUAAUUUAAACGCGUACAUAUUUACAUAAUACAAAUAUAUCUAUUA